ACAUCACAAAUUGGAUCUAAUUCUAGAAGAUACCCAUCAAAGUGAACAAAAGAUCCUAGAAAGAGAGUCCAUUUCUUCGAUCCCAGUGAAUUUAAUCGUAUUCUAUUAGUAAUAUUCUGUUAGGAAAGUUCAAGAUGUCCACUUGGGGGGAUUUCAUUGCUCAGAAUGAGGAGAGAGACGGUGUGAGGUUCACUUGGAACGUGUGGCCGGCUACUAGGAUCGAGUCGACCAAGAUGGUGGUUCCAGUGGCUGCCAUGGUAACUCCCCUCAAGGAGCGUCCAGACAUGCCCCCAAUCUGUUAUGACCCAGUCCUCUGCUCAAGGUCUCAGUGUCGAGCUGUUCUCAACCCACUCUGUCAAGUAGACUACCGAGCCAAGACCUGGGCCUGCAACUUUUGCUUCCAGAGAAAUGCCUUCCCUCAGCACUACGCUGGUAUCAGUGAGACCAAUCAGCCAGCCGAGCUCAUCCCUCAGUUUUCUACCAUAGAGUACCAGCUGCAGCGCUCGGGUACUGCUCCCACCAUCUUCCUGUUUGUUGUGGACACAUGUCAGGAGGAGGAAAAUCUUCAAGCCCUAAAGGAAUCUCUUCAGUUGUCUCUCAGUCUCAUUCCACCCACUGCACUAGUCGGACUCAUCACCUUCGGGAGAAUGGUACAACUCCACGAGCUAGGCUGUGAUAGCUUUGCCAAGAGCUUUGUGUUCCGAGGUACUAAGGAGGUGACGACGAAUCAGCUACAGGACCAGCUGGGUGUGGCCGGGGGCUCGAGUGCCCGCCCCCAAGCCUCCUCCGGACCAGGCGGGACACAGCAACCCUCACAGCCCGAUAUCCCGAACCGAUUCCUGCAACCUCUCCAGAAUAUUGACAUGAAUCUGACAGACAUGAUUGGGGAUAUCCAGUGCGACCCGUGGCCUGUGCCGCAAGGGACACGCCCCCUUAGGUCCACGGGGGCAGCCCUCUCGUUAGCCGUUAGUUUGUUAGAGGCAACGUUCCCCAACGCUGGAGCCAGGAUCAUGCUGUUUGUGGGUGGUCCGUGCACUCAGGGUCCUGGUAUGGUGGUGGGCCAUGAGAGGAAGGAGAUCAUCCGCUCUCAAUACGACCUUGAGAAGGACACUUGCAAGUACCAUAAGAAGGCCACCAAGCUCUACGAGGGUCUGGCCAAGCGUGCUGCUGGGAACGGUCACGCUGUGGACGUGUACGCAUGUGCACUGGACCAGACCGGCACUCACGAGAUGAAGUACCUCUCAAACGACACAGGUGGUUACAUGAUCCUUGGUGACUCGUUCAACACCUCCCUCUUCAAGCAGACGUGGCAAAAAGCGUUCGCCAAAGAUUCUCACGGACAGCACUUCAAAAUGGCCUUCAACGCGUCCUUUGAAGUCAAGUGCUCUCGGGAGCUGAAGCUGUGUGGUGUGUUGGGACCCUGUGUGAGCCUCAAUCGCAAGAACGCCUCCGUGUCCGAUAAUGAGACUGGAGUGGGUGGAACAUCAGCUUGGAGGGUGUCUGGGAUAGACCCGGCCACGUCAUUGUGCGUCAUGUUUGAGGUUGUGAAUCAACAGGCCAGUGCCAUCCCUCAGGGCCAGCCUGGGGCCGUUCAGUUCAUCACCUUCUAUCAGCAUGCCUCGGGGCAGAAGAGAGUCAGAGUGACCACCGUUGCUAGGCAUUGGGCUGAUGCUGCUACUAACAUCAAUCACAUCUCUGCCAGUUUUGAUCAGGAGGCUGCCGCUGUUGUCAUGGCAAGGAUGGCCGUAGAAAAGUCAGAGAUUGAUGAUGGCCCUGAUGUGCUGAGGUGGCUCGACAGAAUGCUUAUCAGAUUGUGUCAGAAGUUUGGUGAGUACCACAAAGACGAUCCUUCCUCGUUUAAGUUCUCAGACAACUUCUCCCUCUACCCUCAGUUUAUGUUCCACUUGCGACGGUCCCAGUUCCUCCAAGUGUUCAACAACAGCCCUGACGAGAGUGCCUACUAUCGUAACAAACUCAAUCGUGAGGAUGUCACUCAGUCUCUGGUGAUGGUACAACCUAUUCUCUACGCCUACUCUUUCAAUGGACCCCCUGAGCCCGUGCUCCUUGACUCUACCAGCAUCACUGCCGACAGAAUACUCCUCCUGGACACUUUCUUCCACAUCCUCAUCUACCAUGGAGAGACCGUUGUUGCGUGGCGUAAACAAGGCUACCAUAAUUUACCGGACCACGAGAACUUUCGUCAGCUGCUCCAAGCCCCAGUGGACGACGCCCAGGAGAUCUUGCAGACUCGGUUUCCAAUGCCUCGUUACAUCGUGACGGAGAAGGACGGCAGUCAAGCUCGCUUCUUGUUGGCCAAAGUCAACCCUUCCCAGACUCACAACACAACCUACGGAUGGGGAGCGGAGGGAGCGAGCUCUCCCAUUUUAACGGACGAUGUCAGUUUGCAGGUAUUCAUGGACCACCUUAAGAAGUUGGCCGUCUCCAGUUCCACCUGACACAUGUGACUGUGGAUGGAUUCAUGUGACUAAUAGGUUUUAUUCAUAUACAGUACACGUCUGUCGUCUUAAUUAAUUUUUGUGUUACAAUUUGAGAUGUAAUGAUCAUUAAUUUUGUGUA